AUGUAUGACAACUCAUUAGCUAAGGUUGCAGUGGUUGAUGGGGGAGAAAUGGACGACUACCAGUUCGCUGCCUUCUUCAUUAUUGAGAAGUUCCAGAAAUGCCUGUGCCUGACUACACGAGAAGACGUAUAUGGUGAUUCUGCUUUAAUGUGGGGCCUAAGGGGAAAUGGGUUGCUAGCUGUGGUCUCUCUUGGCACAAUCUUCCGGCUUGUACACAUUCUUUACUCUGGCCAGAAAACUCAUACAAAGAAAGGGGAACCUGGCCGUGAAGCACCGCUCAAAAAGGUAUAUGCAACCUGCGAUGACACCCUGCAUGCAAUGCUGGAGAUCACACUCGAAAAUCCUCCGCUCGUUAUGACAGUUCAAUGGAAUACCAAGUACCACGGCGGUAACAGUUUCCGCGCUAGUACAAGUGAUUUGAGUGCAAGUAAUGUAUUUUCAGACUCGCCAUCUGAAGUUUCGACUGCUCGUGCCUUGGAUUUGCCCUUGCCACGUUUGGCUGGUGCUGCCUUUUGCUUCUUUGGCUUUGGCUGGGGUUCUUCUUCCUCCUCGGAGGUCGUCAGUUCACUACCAGUCUUUGCUGGUGGAGAUGCCGGCUGUGGAGCUGGAGCUGGAGCUGGUGACGGUGACGGUGGUAGUGGAGGAGGAGGUGCCGGUAAAUUCUCUCGGGUAGCCAAUGGACUCGACACAGCUGGCUUCGUAGAACGUGGAAUAGGGCGUGGAUGUGGGAUGCUGCAAGCCGGUGAAGAAGGUGGAGGUUCUCUCGAAUGGGAAUCGUACUUGACCGCGUGGGACAACGAGGGCUAUCAUGAGCCGGUGAAGAAGGUGGAGGUGUGCUUGGAGGAGGGGGUGAGUUCUCUCAAGUGGGCAAUGUGCGAUGUAGAGGUGCAGCUGGGCGCUCUGAGUCCAGAGUGCGAGUCUUCGCAGCAGCAUUACGAGCUGCCAUUUUACAAUGAAAAAAAUAACAAGGAUGGCUUACAGGUUCCAGCCCUUCAACAAUCGUUCCUUGUCGUCGUCAGGUAA